GUGCGUGAGCGAGUCUUUUCGUGGUUGCGACGCCGACUAGUUAAAUACAGGAAGUCCUCGGAGAUGCUUCCUGUAUUCCUUUCCACUUCAAAACAUGACUGCCAUGAAGAAAAUACUGGUUGCCGCAGUUGUUGCGGCAGUUGCCGUUUACAUCGGAUACCGAUUUAUGAAAAUAAAGGAAAUGUCCCUUGCCUCCAGAGAGCUCCCCGUGAAACACCUCAACUGUCAUUAUAUAAAGAACAUUGAAUUUGGAGCAGAGGAUAUUACAGUACUUAGGGAUGGCCUGGCCUUUCUGAGCACAGGGUUACACUUUCCCAGAAUGCCUUGGUUCUCCGAUGAACCAGGCAAAAUGUAUGUCAUGGAUAUGCUGCAUCCAAGGCCGACUGCAGUGCAGCUGCAAAUCAAAGGAGAUCUGGACCUCAGCUCCUUCAACCCACACGGCAUCAGUGCAUACGUUGAUGAAGCAGAUGACUCGGUGUACCUGUUUGUUGUCAAUCACCCUCAGCAAAAAAGCCAAGUGGAGAUCUUUCAUUUUGUUCAGGAGAACACACUUGUACACUUAAAAACGAUCACGCACCCCCUACUCCACAGUGUGAAUGACGUCGUUGCAGUCGGAGUAGAGAGCUUCUACGCUACCAACUAUCAAGCCUUUUCCUAUGAUGUGCUCAAUACUGUGACUGUCUUGCUGGGUUUCUCCUGGUGUGAUGUAGUAUACUACAGUCCAAGCGAAGUGAGGGUGGCAGCCGACGGCAUUAUGUCCGCCAAUGGCAUCAACAUAUCACCUGACAAACGGUAUAUUUAUGUUUCAGAUAUCAUGGGCCAUUCGAUCAACGUUUAUGAGAGAAAAGAAAGGGAGCGAUUACUGUACCUUAAGGCCGUAGCAGUCGGGUCACUGUGUGACAACAUUGAGGUGGACCACAGGACAGGUGACCUAUGGCUGGGUUGUCACCCGAAUGGCAUGAAAAUGGCAAUGUUUGACCCUAAAGAUCCACCCGGCUCUGAGGUCAUCCGGAUCAAGAACAUUCACUCAGAUCAGCCAGUUGUGAGCCAGGAGUACGUUGAUAACGGCCGUGUGCUGAUGGCCUCCACUGUAGCAGCUCCCUAUGAGGGAAAGUUGCUAAUUGGGACUGUUUUCCACAAAGCCCUGUGUUGUAAUUUGAAAUAACGUGUGUGUUCUAUAUUUUACAACUGUUUAAGAGUAGAAAUGUAAAUACAAUUUGCAUUGAAAUGGGUGGUACAUAAUAAAAUCUUGAUUCCA